AUGGAGCGCGAUGGUAUAGCAGAAGAAGAGAGGCCGAAGGUCGUUGAAGUCGACUUGAUCGACAGGUAUGAUCGUCGAGAUCAAGAUCUAGACUAUGAACGCACGGAGGGAGACAAGGGAUCGAGGAAGAUCAAGAAAAUUGAUUCAUUCUACGUAGAGACAGGCCAAUUAAAGUCGAACCCCAAUCAUUCAUCAAACCAGAAUUUGGCAUGGGUGAUGAUACUGAAGCUUGCGAUUCAGAGCAUCGGGGUGGUGUAUGGCGAUUUAGGGACGUCGCCUCUCUAUGUCAUGCCAGGAAUUUUUCCAGACGGGAUAAAACACGAAGACGACAUCCUCGGAGCAUUGUCUCUGAUCUUCUACUCGAUCAUCCUCAUUGGCUUGAUCAAGUAUGUCUUCAUUGUUCUAUCGGCAAAUGACAAUGGCGAUGGAGGGACAUUCGCUUUGUACUCUCUAAUGUGCCGCUAUGCCAAGGCAAGCUUGACCCCUAACCAACAAGCUGAAGACAAGGAAAUCUCGAACUACCGGCUUGAGGUGCCAAACCGCCGCCUCCGGCGGGCCUCUGCCAUGAAGUCCUUGCUCGAGAAUAGCAAAGCGGCCAAGUACUUGCUCUUGUUUGUAACUAUGCUGGGCACCGCCAUGGUCAUUGGAGAUGGGAUCCUCACACCAUGCAUAUCCGUAUUGUCGGCUGUUGGGGGCAUAAGAGAAGCUGCACAUUCACUUGGAGAUGAUCAAAUCAUGUGGAUUUCUGUGGUGAUCUUGAUCCUUCUGUUUCAAGUCCAAAGGUUCGGGACAGACAAGGUCGGAUACAGCUUUGCCCCGGUUCUCUCUAUAUGGUUCCUUUGUAUUGGACUGAUCGGCAUCUACAAUUUCGCGAAACAUGACUCUGGAGUGAUCAGAGCUGUCAACCCGCUCCACAUCAUCCGGUACUUCAUGAGGAACAAAAAGGAAGCAUGGAUUUCUCUUGGAGGGGUCAUUCUGUGCCUAACUGGUUCUGAAGCAUUGUUUGCUGAUCUGGGGCACUUUAACAUCCUGUCGAUUCGAUUGAGUUCAUGCCUGCUUGUCUUUCCUUCAAUCAUCCUCGCCUACUUUGGUCAGGCGGCAUAUCUCCGAAAGAACACUCAAGACGUUGCUAGGGCUUUCUACAGCUCGAUACCGAAACCGGUGUAUUGGCCAAUGUUUGUGAUCGCGGUGAUGGCGGCAAUAAUAGCAAGCCAAUCCUUGAUAUCGGCCGCAUUUGCCAUAGUGAAGCAAUCUGUCGCGCUCGGGUGCUUCCCACGCGUGAAGGUCGUGCACACUUCGUCGAAGCACGAGGGCCAGAUUUACAUACCUGAGGUGAACACCCUCCUCAUGUUGGCCUGUGUUGGUGUCACCCUUGGCUUCAAGACGACAUUGCAGUUGGGCAAUGCUUAUGGAAUUGCUGUAGCAUUCGUUUUCACUAUCACGUCCACAUUCCUCGUUAUCGUGAUGAUCAUGAUUUGGAAGACCAACAUACUCCUCAUAAUCCUCUACGUCGUCACCAUCGGGCUCGCGGAGUACGUGUUUCUAACCUCAGUCCUCUACAAAUUCGUGGAUGGGGGUUACGUUCCACUCGUCUUCGCUGCCAUGAUGGUCAUCGUCAUGUUCGUAUGGAAUUAUGGAUACCGACGGAAGUACGAGUAUGAGCUCAAGAACAAGGUCUCGAGGGAAGCCCUCAUCACGAUCACGUCAAACAUAAGCAUCCAGCGGCUUCCCGGGAUUGCCUUAUUCUACACCGAGCUCGUCCAGGGCAUUUCCCCCAUAUUCACCCAAUACGUCGCCAAUGUACCCGCAUUGCACUCAGUCCUUGUCUUCGUCUCGAUCAAGUCGCUACCCAUAAGCAAGGUGCCCCUUGAGGAGCGGUUCGUCUUCCGAAAGGUGGAGCCCGGCAUAUACCGAUGCGUCGGGAGAUAUGGGUAUCGAGAUGCGAAGAUGGAGCAAGAGUUCUUCGAGAAGGUCUUGAUCAACCGAUUGAAAGAUUUCAUUCUGAACGAUGCGCUCUACGAUGUGCCGCCCGCCGCCAACGGGCGAGGCGAGGCCAGUGACCACGGAAUUGUGGUCUUCAGUGAAGAGGAUGUGCAAAGAGAGAUUGGAUUGGUGGAAGAAGCAAUUAAGAUUGGAGGGAUCGUGUAUCUAAUGGGAGAGAGUGAGGUCAUAGCUUCAAGCGGUUCAGGCUUGGCAAAGAUGGUGGUGAUCAAUUACUUGUACAACUCGUUGAAGAGGUGCGUGAGGCAGCAGGAGGAAGUGUUCAACAUUCCCCACAAGUGGCUGCUCAAAGUAGGGAUGACCUAUGAGGUCUAGUGGAUGAUGUCCAGGAUUUUCAUUAGUAGUAUAUGAUACAGCUAAAAAAUUAUAUUCGGUUGUUGGCUUUGUCC